AUGUCAGAUUUUAUAAAAGCUUCUGAGUUUUAUCAAGAAUUAUUCAAAGCUAAAGAAUCAUUUAAUAUAUAUGAAGAUUAUGAGUUUAAGGCAGUAUGUGAUAUCUUGCAUACCAGAAUGAUUAAGUUAGAAGAAAUUAAUAAUGAUGAUUAUAAUGGAGCUGAUUCUCUUACUGAUGAAGAAAUGAUUCAAAUCUUUAAGCAUCCUAAUAUGUCAAAUAAUACAUCAGAUGGAAAUAAUGAAGGAUUAGAUUCAUAA